AUGGAAGCGACGAGUAACGAGUCCUUGGACUAUUCCUACGACGCAUUCGAUUCUGAAGAAUCCUCGACAUUGAUCGUUAUGGUCUUUGCUUCGUGCUACGUCGUUUUGACGGCUUCAAUGAUUUUCGGGGUCCCUUGCAAUCUGUUCGUACUUUACAGAAUGCGAAAGUUGAGCCGAAAAUGUUCGGAUAUUUAUAGGUAAGACGCUCCUUAAUCUCACGCUAUCAGGUUUCGCAGAGAUAGAAGAAACAAUUUUUUUUGAAAUUAACUACCCAAAGGUAAAAAAUAGUCGGGAGCUCUUGAAAAUGAAAAAUUAUGAAUUUUAGGUCUUUUGAGAGCUACAAAAAUAAGGUAAGAAGCCAAGAAAGAAAAGAAUUUUAAGAUUUACGCUUUUUGAUUCCGAUAAGUAGGCUUGAAAGAUCCAGUAGGAGCCCAAAAAUGGUUAUAGUUUAAAAAUUAUGAAAAAUUAUGACUUCCAGGGCUUUCAAUAAGCUCGAAAAAGUAAGAAAAAGGUAAUUAAAUAUUUUAGGUCAAAUUUUCCAGACUCAAAAGUUUUUAACCAAGUUGAUAAAUCCAAAAAAUUCAGGAGAUUUUUGAAAGUCACGAAAAUUUAGGCCCGAAACCUACUUCUAAAGGUGCAAGGUAGUCAGAAAGUGAUCAAAAUUCAAAAAAUUGAAAAAAAAAUUAGGAGAGGUUCGGAGCUUAAGAAGUUCUGAUGCGAUGCAAAAAUCGCUUCUAGAAAAAAACGUGUAGUGGAGUCGAACCCAAGACCUCUUGACCUAACUCCUAGGCUACUACCAAUCAGCCAAAGUUCAGUUUUUGAAUAAGUGCUCUAAAAAAAGAAGGAGAGCCUACUUCAGAAGCUCUAAAGCAAUGCACAAAAUUUUUGCAAUCCUUUUGGAAAAAAACGAGUAGUGGAGUCGAACCAAAGACCUCUUGACCUAACUCAUAGACUACUACCAAUCAGCCAAAGUUCAGUUUUUGAUUAGUGCUCUAAAAACAGAUUUCAGAAACUCUAAUGCGAUGCAAAAAAUUUUACUUCUUGAAAAAAACGCGUAGUGGAGUCGAACCAAAGACCUCUUGACCUAACUCCUAUACCACUACAAGUCAGCCAAAGUUCAGUUUUUGAUAAAUGCUCUAAAAACAGAUUUCGGAAGCUCUAAUGCGACAGAAAAUUCGAAAUCACUUCUGGAAAAAAAAACGUGUACUGGAGUCGAACCCAAGACCCCUUGACCUAACUUUUAUAUCACUUCUAGUUAGCCAAACCUCAUUUCUUGAAAAUCACUCCAAAACUUCCAGUAACGGCGCUGGUCGAUGUCUGUUCGUGAUGGCCAUCGCCGACAUCGCUUCUCUCUGUUCCAUGUGCCUUCAUUUCUUCCUGGAACUCAGCACGGGGUUCUUCAAUAUCACUGAUUACGUGUCUGAAGAUUACCUUCAUUAUGUUUGCAAGGUAAUUUUUCCCCUGGAACAGUCUUACCUGUCUGCGCUCUCUUUUCUCUCGUUACUACUCUCCGACGGACCUGUCUGCGCUCUCUUUCCAUCGUCUGAGUAAUAACGAGAGAAAAGAGGGCGCAGACAGGUCAGAGUCGUGACGAAUGAAGUAUGACUUGAGUACGUCUUCAGACGGCAAUGUUCACGAUGCACGUGGCGACUUUCGUUUCGAUAUGGAGUUGGCUUUUGAUGUCGACCUUGCGAUAUAUGUCCGUUUAUCAUCCGCUAUUAUACAUCCGUCUCUGGAGCUUACCUGCAAAGGUGAUUUCUCUGAAAAAUGCAAAAAGAAAGUCCCAGUUGGGAGCGGAUCCAGUGACCUUUUCAAUGGAUUAUUGCCGAUUUUGAUAACAUUUUGUCAGAACUUUUUUUCGAAUUUUCCUGAAACUGAUCGCAAAAAAUAUUGCCAAGCCCUUGUUGAGCGUUUAUUAACAUUCAUCUUGACUGUCGCACAAAAUUUAGAAGAAAUCAAUAUUCGUUCUUUGAACUUAAACGCGUCGCGGCCGCGUAGCGGUUUCUUCAAGAAGCCCCCGACCAAAAACGGCUUGCGCAAGGCGGCAUCCUGUAGCAAUGGCACGAUAAAAAAUGAAAAAAAAACGCAACGCGACCGCGACGCGUCGAGCCAUUCCAAAUGCGACUAUUCAAGGAUCAUUUUUCCAGGUUAUGCUCACCGUCAUCUUUUCUGCAUGUUCCCUGAAUGCCUGGCUUCUAGUUGCGGUCGAAAAAUCGGCUGAUGAGGUGUUUUCAAGUGAUCAUUUUUGGGAUAAUACCAAGUUUCAGAACGGCUGCACCGUCACGGAGAUGUUCAACUCGGCUUUUAUCACAAAAGCGAUGCUUUUGAUCGAGAAUUUGGGGUCAGUUUAUAGUUUCAAAGAUAUAUGUCAUGCUGAGGAUCCGAUCCCUUGACCUUUCGAGUGAUAAUUUAAAAGUUUAGCCGCUUUACUACGAGUAGAAGAGAUAAUAGUUCAAAAACCAACGUUGCAACUAGUUUGAAAAAUGGCAAAAAAAUAUUUUCAGCUCAGGAUUCGAUCUCUUGACCUUUCGAGUGGUAGAUAAGACACUUAGCCGUUUGACUACAAGGGGAAAAGUUGCUUUUAAUCAAGAUUGUGAAGCUAGAAACCGAUCGAAUGAUUUUGAUGACCAGGAAAAAAAAGUCAGUAAAAAGAUCCGAUCCGCUGACCUCUUCCACAUUCUUCAAAAAGCUUAACCACUUGACCAUGACGUCAUCUCCAGCUCCUUCGUGAUUCCUUGCCUAACCAUCAUCUACGUGGACGCCUCUGUGCUUUGUCGGUUACGAUUGAGUUGUAUGUGGACUUCUGAACAGUACCUGCGAAGGAAUAUCACUCCAAAGCCGGUGAAAAUUUGUUUUAUAUGUUUAUGGUCGCAUUUGAAAUGGCUCGAAGGCGCGCCCGACUGAAAACGACUCGUGCUUGUGGUCACCGGGAAGCGUUAGAGCAAGUUGAUUCGCUUCGAGUCUAGAUUUUGAACUUCGAGUCACUCAAGCUCCGCCCCUAAUAGGGCGAUAAACCAAUCAAAGCGUUUUCAGAUGACGUCAUUGUACUUAAUUAUCAGAACCGGAACGAACUAUAUCAGUGCGACCAUGAGCUCUUAAUUUUAGCAUUGGAGCGCAUUUUCUCAGUUAAAAGCUUUUCAGAAACACACAACGAUGUGGCGAUGGCUAGUUAUCGCCUUGGUCGAUAUUGGCCUCAAUGCGCCCGAAAACUUGACCAGGCUUGCCCUAAUCCUUGGCAUUCUGCCCUACGAUAGAUCUGAAGGUUUCCUGAUCUUCCGCACACUUUCACAGGUAAUUUUUGGCAUGGAAAAGUCGUUUCAGUGCAGUUGAGGCUCACGAAACAUCAUAGCGUAUUUUCUCACAGAUCUUCAAUUCUGAGGAGCCGCAUUUGGAAUGGCUUUUGUGAACCCUGUCCAAAAAUUCACUCCUGAGACUUUUAUCAUCAGAGCGCAUUUUCCAGAUGCUCUACUACACGCAAUUCGGCUUCAACGGCGUCUACCUCGCCCUGUUCAUCUACGACAAGUCGACAAAGCCCCGAAGACGUCGGAACAUCGAAUCGGCUUCUGGUGACGUCAUCGUCGUCAAUUCCCUUCAUCUGGAGCACAAGCAACGGGAGAGCGAAAGAGGUGGUUUAUUCAGGAAUAUUAAUUUCUCUUCAGAUAUUUGCCUCGGGCAUUUCUCAGAAAAACUUCCUUAUUUCCUCGGGAAAUUAUUCCUAUUUUUUUCAGCUGCCCUCGCCAACAAAAUAACAAGUUCGGAAGAUUGCGACAGCGGCAUCGAUGAGGACGCAAGACUCGGAAAUUAA